AGCAAAUAUUUCCUGUUGUGAAUGAAAACAAACACUUGUCUCUGAAUCCGGACAUUGAUCGCAAGAUUAUGAAUCAACGUACAUAACAUAGAUGUUAAAAGAGGGAAAUAUCAACAAUGUUGUCUGUAGUAGAUGAAAGAGACAUCGGAUCAUGCUCCAAACGGAAAAUAGUCACAACUCUUAUUGAUAUUUGCAUUGUUGGAUUAGCUGCAGUGCCUUUGUUGAUAUUUAAAGUAUCAGUAACUCCAUACCAUAGAGGAUUUUACUGUAAUGACGACAGUAUAAGAUACCCUUUCAAAUCAUCCACAAUAACCUCAGCAGCCCUCUACUCUAUAGGCUUUGUCAUCAACAUUGUGUUGAUUCUCCUUUUUGAAUUCAUUCGUUACCAGUUUGGCAGCAUCUACGGAGCCACAAAUGGCGGCCCUGCUACAGAAAGCACCACCAGUUACACAGACAGCACUGUACAGACGGGCAGGUCAACCCGACGAAAAAUCUUCCAGUAUUUCUACAAUGUGUACAGGGUGCUCCUCCCUUUUGUAUUUGGUGCUGUGGUUGAACACCUGACAACAGACAUUGGUAAAUACAGUAUUGGUCGACUUCGUCCUCACUUCUGGUCUGUGUGUCAGCCAGACCCCGCUAAGUACAACUGUGUGACAGGGUACAUCACUGAGGAUGUCUGUACAGGAGAUCCAUCUCGCAUCAGAGAAGCAAGACUCUCAUUUCCAUCUGGCCAUGCAUCAUUUUCUACCUAUACAAUGAUGUUUGCCAUGUUAUACGUCCAGGCCCGCUUAAGAUGGAGAAUCAUUAGUCUGUUGCGUCCGCUGAUCCAGUUGAUCUUGUUCUACCUUGCGUUUUAUACCUGCCUGUCCCGAGUGUCUGACUACAAACAUCACUGGAGUGACGUGCUGGGUGGGGCCAUCAUAGGGGUGGUCACGGCAAUACUAGUGGUUUUCAAAGUGUCUGACUUAUUUGAGAAGGAACCAAGGGAUGCCAACUCAGGCACUCCAGUCAUUCAAAACAUGGUGGUCCAAACUCCUGAGCACAGAACCAUGGGUCUGCAACAUUACACAGAAAUGGGCGGUCCAGGUCCAAAGAUUCAGCAACACAACUCCCACGUAAUGACCAAGGGGUAUGCUAACCCUCACUUUACUGCUGAGGAUGAGGACGAUAGAUAUUACAUACCAAAGGCCAGGCAUAGAAAUGGUGUAGCACGGAGUUACACUGAAAAUGACGUGGGGACAGAGGGAAGGAUAGCUACACAGGUCUAUUACAUAGACGCAGGGUCUAGUCGCCAUUCAGACAGCGAGGGGAAUGCUACAUUUUCUAAAAUGACAACUCAGUUAUAAAACAUGGACAUUUAUCAAUGUGUCACAAAAUUACGUUCUAGUCGACUACCGGUACAUUCCAAUAUUUUAAAUCGAUGCCAAAGAGUUUUAAAUUAUUGUACUAUAUACAUGUAUCUUUAUCAGUCAAAUUCCCAUUAUAUAUACCAGAUCAUUAUGAAUUUCAAAUUAGUCAGCAUAUCAAAUGGAUGA